UGACUCCCAGCAUGCACGCUGCAGCUCCAAUUAUUUGUAAUGGCGGGUAUUUCUGCAUGUCAUGUGAAUGAUAUUUUUUGUGUGAAUUAAUUGAAUCGUUCAUUUAGACGUUAAGGGAAAGUCUACUGUGUAUUUUAUCUAAGCUUUGUAGGUAACUUGAAUUGAACGUGUACAUUUAGGACAAGAAGCGAAAUUAUCAUAGUCAUGCAGUCGCGACGCACGGUUAGUGUAAGGAAUUGAAACUAAGUAGCCUAUCAAUGGUUCGAAUAUUUGCUGAAAUGCAUGGUUACAGUAGCAAUGUUAGUUUAAUCUAACGCAUACCUCUUGGUGAUCACUCACUGUCGGAAAUGUUAAUUGAGGAUCAAAGAAUGAUACAAUUAUUGAACUGUAUUAGGCUAUAACCUCUAACAAUUUGAAUUGUAUUUUUUAAUUUUUUUUAUUAUUAUAGUAUAUUCUAUCUAUCUGGCUGUCAGAAAUGGCGGUUUUUGUGUUGAGCUCACUGUCAGUGUUUUUGUUAUUGAUAUCAAGUUCAAUUCACACCACGUGUGCCUCAAAGUUGAAUAUCCCCAAAGUUUUAUUACCACUUGCCCGAAGCACUAGAAUAAACUUCACACUGGAGGCAACUGAAGGCUGUUACAGAUGGUCUUCCACCAGACCGGAGGUGGCCAGCAUCGUGGCUGUGGAAGUUGACGUCAGCAGACUGUGUUCCCAGAGAGCCGUCCUCCAGGCCCGCUCCACCCAGCCUUCCAGACUCACCAGCAUCAUACUGGCUGAGGAUGUCGUAACGGGACAGGUACUGCGCUGUGAUGCCAUCGUGGACAUCAUCAGUGAGAUCCAGAUAGUGUCCACCACCAGAGAGCUGCACCUGGAGGACUCACCACUGGAACUGAAGAUCCACGCACUGGACUCUGAGGGAAACACCUUCAGCACUCUAGCAAGCCUGGUGUUUGACUGGACCAUUGUGAAAGAUGCAGACAUGGAUGGAUUCCUUGACUCCUACAACUCAUUAAGGGUUCUUAAAUUCUCUGAGUCUACGUACACCCCCCCUGGUUACAUCUCUGAGAUGGAGAGAGUGGGGAAACAGGGAGAUAUCAUCUUGGUGUCAGGACUGAAAACGGGCCACGCUAAGCUCAAGGCCAAAAUCCAAGAAUCUCUCUAUAAGGAUGUGGGUGCAGCAGAGGUGAAACUGCUGAUUCUGGAGAACAUCCUACUGAGCCCUGCACAUGAUGUCUACCUGCUGGUGGGCACAUCCAUCCAAUACAAGGUCCAGAAGAUUAGACAGGGAAAGAUCACAGAGUUAUCCAUGCCCUGUGACCAGUAUGAGCUGCACCUCCAGAACAGUGUGGCUGGGCCUGAUGGAAACCAAGAGCUGGCCGUGGCUAGUCUGGACCAGAGCACCUCCACGGUCAAUGGCCUGCAUCUGGGACAUAUCAACGUGGUGCUGGACCAUAAGAGCCUUCGCAUGCAAGGGGUGUCUCGUCUGCCCAACGGGACUCUGUAUGUGGUGGAACCAGGAUACUUGGGAUUUAAGAUUAAUCCUGGAGAGAGCUGGGUCCUGGAAACAGGACGAGUGUAUAAUAUCCUCAUUGAAGUGUUUGACAAGUCAAGUAAUAGGAUUUACCUAUCUGAUAACAUUCGGAUCGAAGCUGCCUUCCCAGAGGAGUACUUUGAGAUUCUGGAGUCCUCCCUGAAUGGGUCCUACCACCGUGUCAAGGCUUUGAAAAACGGGCUAACACUAAUUGAAGCUGUGCUCAAAUCUGUGGUGGAUCAAAAUGGAAGAGUCCAUGAGCUGGCCAACACGGUCCAUAAUGAACAGGAUGUAGAAAUGUACAAUCCCAUAGUCCUCAGUCCCAGUAUCCUCACGUUUCCAUGGCAGCCUAAGGUUGGAGCCUACCAGUACACAAUACAGGCAGCAGGAGGCAGUGGGAAUUUCAGCUGGUCCUCCUCUAACCUAGCCGUUGCCACAGUGACAGUCAAAGGAGUGAUGACGACCGUCAGUGACAUCGGCGUCAGUGUGGUGUACGCCCAUGAUGUACGCAACCCAAUGCACUAUGGCGCAAUGAAGGUGUAUGUGGUAGAGCCGGUGGGGAUGGACUUCUCUCCCUGCCCGGUGGAGGCCCGUGUGGGGCUGGUGCUGGAGCUGCCCCUCCGGAUCUUUGGCUUGCUAGGGGAGGGAGGAAUGUGGGGAGUGGAGCAGCAGGUGAUGCUGAGUGACUGCAGUCACUUUGACCUGCAGGUGGAGGAGGAGACCCAGGGAGUGUUCCAGCUGCUGGAGGGUAGGCUGGCUCCAGGGCAGGACCACUGCAGUGGGGUACGGGCCCAGGCUCUUGCCCCAGGAUACACAACCCUGACGGUCAGCUACACCCACGGCAACGUCCACCUCAGCACCAAGAUCACCAUUGCUGCCUACCCACCACUCAGAGCUGUGGACCCUGCCUCUGUUGCCUUGGUGACCCUGGGCUCCUCUAAGGACAUGCUUUUUGAGGGCGGACCCAAGCCCUGGGUUCUAGAACCCUCCAAGUUCUUCCGGAACCUAAAGGCUGAGGAUGAGAACAGUGUUAGCCUGGCUCUGACCGGGCCCACCUCCCGCAGCUACCUCCGACACUGGGUCAGAGCAACCUGUAGAGCCCUGGGAGAACAGGUAUUGGCACUUACUGUGGGGAACCAGCCUAGUUUGACCAAUCCCUAUCCUGCGGUGGAGCCAGCAGUGGUGAUGUUCGUGUGCGCCCCUCCCUCUCGCCUCACCUUGGUCCCUGUGUACACAAGUCCCCAACUGGACCUUACCUGCCCUCUGCUGCAGCAGAACAAACAACUGGUGCCUGUCUCAAACUACCGCAACCCUGUGCUGGACCUGGCUGCCUUUGACCAGCAAGGCAGGAGGUUUGACAACUUCAGCUCUCUGAGUAUCGUCUGGGAGUCGACCAAGGUGUCCCUGGCCAGUAUCGAACCCACCAUGCCUAUGAAGCUGGAAUUACUGCAGGACAGCAACAAACAGAAGAAACUUCAUGGUCGUCAGACGGUCCUUGUCCACCACCAGUCUGGGACUGCUGCUAUCACAGUAACAGCUCUGAGUUACCAGGUCCCCCACCUCAAGGCUGCUAAGGUUCUCAGUCCGUUUGACCCUCUGACCCCUGUCUCAGCCACUCUGGAACUCCUAUUGGUGGAAGAUGUAACCGUCAGUCCUGAAGCUGUCACCAUAUACAACCACCCUGACGUGCGGGCUGACCUAGCCCUGAGGGAGGGCUCUGGGUAUUUCUUUGUCAACACCAGUGUUGGAGGUAUAGCUGAUGUGGUGUACCAGGAGGCCCAGGGAUCUGCUGAGGUGGUUCCAGUCCAGCCGGGGACAGUGCAGGUGAUGGUUCAUGACCUCUGCCUGGCCUUCCCAGCCCCUGCUACAGCUACGGUCCACAUCUCAGACAUACUGGAGGUUUAUGUCCGAGUGGUUGACAAGGUGGAGAUUGGUAAAUCUGUGAAAGCCCAUGUCAGGGUUCUGGAUGACAACAAGAAGCCCUUUUUGGCCAAAUAUUUCCGCUUUUUGAAUCUGAAACUCAGUGCAGCGUCCGGUAUCAUCUCUCUGCAAGCACUUUCAGAUCCCUCAGAGAAGGACACGGCAAUCUUCCUGGUCAAAGGCUUAGCAAUUGGACAGACCAGCGUGUCUGCUAUGCUAGUAGACAAAACUGGAAGGAAGAUUGCGUCUGCUCCUCAGCAAAUAGAGGUGUUCCCACCAUUCAAACUGAUCCCCAGGAAAAUGACUCUGAUAAUCGGAGCCAUGAUGCAGAUCACAUCCGAGGGCGGCCCACAGCCCCAGUCCAACAUCCUCUUCUCCAUGGCCAAUGAGGAGAUGGCAUCUGUUAACGACAUAGGUCAUGUCAGGGGCAUUGCCAUUGGCAACGUCACAGUUACAGGACUGGUUCAAGCUGUCGAUGCUGAGACUGGGAAGCUUGUUGUUGUCUCUCAGGAUCAAGUAGAGGUUGAAGUUGUGCAAUUGAGGGCCAUUCGCAUCCGGGCCCCUAUCACCAGAAUGAAGACUGGGACACAGAUGCCUGUGUAUGUGAUAGGGCUCACCAGCAGUCAGACCCCCUUCUCCUUUGGCAACACCCUGCCUGGCCUCACCUUCCAUUGGUUCACCACCAAGAGAGACAUCCUGGAACUCCAAUCACGACAUGCUGAGGCCUCUAUCCAGCUCCAGUCAGAGCAUAACUUUGCUAUGAGCGUAACAGGGAAGACUAAAGGAAGGACAGGGCUGAAGGUGGUGCUCAAAGUCACCGACCCAAAGGCUGGACAACUGGAGAGGAAGCUACUAGAGCUCAGUGAUGAACUCCAGAUCCAGGUUUAUGACAAGCUGCACAUGCUUAAUCCAGUUGUGGAGGCUGAGGAGAUACUGAUGGCUCCAAACUCUGGGCUCAUACUCCAGACUAACCGGGACGGUGUGGUUGCUCUGUCCUACCGAGUGCUGGACUGUCCUGACCAGGCUACCAUUGUCCAGGUGGAUGAGAAGGGCCUCUUGUCCUCUGGCUCGCUCACAGGCUCCUCCUCCCUGCUGGUGACCUCACAGGAAACAUUCGGUGUCAAUCAAACCCUGGUCCUCGCAGUGAAGGUGGCCCCUGUGUCGUACCUGCGUUUCAGCACCAGUCCAGUUAUCCACAACCCUUCCAGGGACAGCCUGUCUGCUAUUCCUCUGGGCAUGGUGCUUACUUUCACUGUUCACCUCCAUGCUAACACUGGAGAGAUCCUUCACAGCCACAACUCCCUGCUCACAUUCACCACCAACAGGGAUGACCUGGUGCAGAUGGGCCGGGGCCCGGGUAACAACACCCUGACGGUGCGGACGGUCAACGUGGGCCUCACCCUGCUGGCCGUGUGGGACGAGGAGCAGGCAGGCAUGGCUGACUACCUGGCGCUGCCCGUUCAGCACGCCAUCCACCCCGAGGACGCCACAAGGCUGGUGGUGGGAGAUGUGGUCUGCCUCAGCGCCCAACUCCUCAGCCCCCAAGGUGUCCCGGGUACCUGGAGCUCCUCAUCCACUGGCGUGCUGCAGAUAGACUCUAAAAUGGGCGUGGCCGUGGCAAGAGAUGCGGGCACCACCACUGUCUACUAUGAGAUCCCUGGGCUGCUGAAGACUUACAGAGAGGUGGUGGUGGAGGGGGUCACCAGGACAGCGGUGAUGGCUCACCCUGCAGCGGUGAGGGGGGACAGGGACACCAGGAUACUGCUCACCACCAGAGAGACGGGAACCAACCUCAUAGGCUCCUGCUCCUCUGCCCAGACCGCUUCCAUCGCCCUGCUGCACCCAGAGACCUCCGUCAGCUGCCAUCUGAGCUUCACCAGCGACGCCGUCGAGUUCUCCGCCCAUGACGUCUACCUCACACACAUCAGCUUCGACCCCAGCACCGGCUUCUACUCCUGCUCUCUGACCCUGCAGUCUCUGAGUGACCAGCAGACACGGGUGCUGAGCCUGUCCAUGACCAGCCUGUUGGUGAGGGCUGGGGUGGAAGGCAGUGCCUUCUCUGGGGAGCAGGUCAGUGUCAGGCUGCCUGUGGAGACAGGCCUCUAUUCUGACCAGACAGAGCUGCUGCUCAGCAACCUGCAGCCCUGACGCAGAGCUCACUGUCUACGGCCCUACCGCAGCACUCGGCAGCCUGGAGGUGUCGUCCAGCUCUCCGUCCAUCUCGGUCCAGGAGAGAGAAGUGUUCCACGGCUUCCCCAGUUACUCUAAGUACACGGUCAGUGUGGUGGACCCCCAGACUGCAGCCUCAGCCUCCGUGUCCAUAACCAGCUCAUCCACUGG